CUUUGCCCAACUCGCACCGACCUCGAAGCCACCACUGUCCGUCCGCCCCAUCUCCAGUAGCCAUCGUGGGAUUGAGUUCCCUCAUGUUCGCCACGCAAGGUGGGUUCGAACAACAGGGUGCUGUAAACAAGGUCGUCUUGCGGUAGUCAUGGUUGUCAUUUAUUAUUUAUCGCGUGUUGUCGGGAAUCUCGCAGGCUAUCUGUAUCCUGCUUACCUCUCAUACAAGGCUGUUAAGGCCCGUGACGCAGGAGCACUAGACCGAUGGCUCAUACAUUGGAUCGUGAUGAGCUUUUUCACCAUCUUGGAGAUUGCUGGAGAUACUCUUCUAUUUUGGCUUCCAUUGUACUAUGAGCUAAAGCUCAUUAUUAUCUUAUGGUUGGUCUUGCCUUACACUCAGGGAUCACUCGUGCUGUACAAUCAGUUUCUGCAGCCAGCAUUGGCAAAACAUGAACCAGAGAUUGAUAGCGCAAUGGGAAAGGCGCAAGAAGCAGCAAGACAGAUGGUCAUACAAUGGGGACAAACUGCAUUUAACACCAUCCGGAACAAGAUCAUUCAAGCGGUGCUUUCGGGGCAAGUGGCAUUAAAUUUAGCCAAUACCACUUCAGAAGUACGACCAAAGAAUCCGCCAGGGCCCCGAAUUACGGAAGUACAAGAUUCUGAUGAUGACAGUGGAUCGACUGACUCUUCCGUACCACGAUCCGUCGUGAGACCUCGAGCUCCGCGACUGGAACCGAACAGGGCAUCGCCACGCAAGCGCAUGAUAAGACCGAAACGAGACUUAUCACGACAACGGGUAGCUCGAUCGAAUAGUGUAUCCCGAGCUACUCGUCCUCCCGAUACAUCCAUGGACUUCUUUGACGAUGAUACUCAGAGUAAUUGAUAUCCUGCUAAGCUGCUCAUUAAACGAGUAUACCGUUUGGGAUACAAUAUGCUGGCAUAUGGAGUGGCGAAGGCCAAUGGCAAGGGGAUUUUGUUUUUAGCACACUUGUACAUAGACUAGGAUUCUAUCUCUCAAUCUGGAGAACUAGAGUAGUAGGGCAUGUGCCACUUGCAUUGGUAUGCAUCAGACGAGUUCCUGCUAUGCGUAAAAUGCCACUCUACAAGAGCAGAUGGAUGAUACUAAAUGUCAUCAAAUCCCGAGUCACGUUGAUCCAGGCCAUGAAACUGCAAACACGUCAAUAUCUCCUUCAG